UUCCGCUCAAUGACAGGUGCACGUCGCCGGCACGAUUUUUAAACUGACUUCGAUGUGAAGGAAAAACUUUUACACUGCCUUUGAUGGUGCACUUUGACACGCUGAACUGUAACAGCAAUCAGAUCAGCGACUUAAAAACUGUAAAAUGGCCACUUACUGGAAAUCACAGCCAAGGAAAUUCUGUGACUAUUGCAAAUGCUGGAUUACUGAUAACAAGCCGAGCGUAGACUUCCAUGAGAAGGGGAAGAAGCAUCAAGAAAAUGUGAAGAGAAGAAUAGAUGAGAUAAAGCAGAAAAGUUUGAAGGAUGCAGCCGAGAAAAAUGAGCUGGACAGUGACAUGAGGAAACUGGAAGAGGCAGCCAUUGCGGCAUUUAAGAAGGAUCUCAUCAACAACCCAGAGUUGGCUGCUCAGUAUGGAGUCAAGAUUAAAGCAGACACAGAAGAGAAAGAAACAGAAGAAAGCGAGAGUCCUGUGGUGUACGGGCCAUCAUUACCGGAGCCUUGUGAACCUCCAGACACAGAAGAGUGGUAUGAAGCCAAGUCAGAUGAGGGAUACACAUACUAUUGGAGUACUAAAACAGGGGCCUCAGUAUGGGAGAAGCCCGAGCAGUAUACCUCACUAGAUGGCGCUGUGGUCAAAACCUCAGAAGAGAUAUGUGAACCUGAUCCAGCAUUGCCACCAGAUGUUGACUCAAUACCUUUACCUGGAGAGCCAGUAGGUGACCUGGGUUAUAGCCCCAAGCCCGAGGAUAUACCCUUGCCAUCAGAGUGUACGCCAGCUGUGGUGGAGCGAGUUGUUUAUACACAAGACAAACCCGACACUAGUCGAGCUGCGUAUGGGCAGUGGGCCUCUGUAGUGCAGGAACCGAUACCUGACCAGAUAGACCUUCAGCUUCCAACUCAACCCGUAGAAAAUAUACCUCUGCCACCACCAAGUUUUUCAUCUGAAGAGAUUAAAAUAAAAUUUAAAGAGAAGAAAGUUACUUCCCUUGGAGGUGAUUCCGAAGGCAGUGUAACAUUUAAGAAAAGGAAAAUAAUGAAUAAAUCUCGAAAUACAAGGAAAAGAGAGGAUGACGAUAAUGAUUAAUGACAUAGUUUUCAUUGGAUAAUUUGUUCUCAAUAAAAGUUUCUAAUAGUAUAA